AUGGGUGGUGAUGAGGAAGCAUGCAACACAAAGCUAGCUCUUGGACUUGGUGUGGGUGAAUAUGCUUCAAGGCAAGAGAUGAGGAAAAAGGAAAAUCCUUCGGUUUCCUUAGACCUCUCUUUUGCGCUUUGCCCAAAACAGGAGGUUGCUAGCUUGGGUUAUCACAUGGAAAAUCGAUCGAGUUUGAGGGCAAUGGAUGAAGAUGAAGAAAGUGAGAGAAGUAUUGGUACAAAUAACAAGAGUAUUAUCAUGAACAACAAAAAUGGUGUGAGAAAGAAACUGAGGCUCACAAAAGAGCAAUCCACCUUGCUGGAAGAAAGCUUCAGCCGCCAUAGCACCCUUAAUCCGGCCCGGAAACAGUCACUUGCUGAGCAAUUGAAUCUGAAGCCAAGACAAGUCGAAGUUUGGUUUCAGAACAGAAGAGCAAGGACAAAGUUGAAGCAAACAGAAGUAGACUGCGAGUUCUGGAAGAAACGCUGCGAAAGUCUUGGCGAUGAGAAUCGUAGGUUGAAGAAAGAAUUGCAGGGGCUAAAAUCGUUAAACAAGAAUGAGGCAUCGCCAUUGUACAUUCAAAUCCCAAAGGCUACAAUGCUUUCAAUGUGUCCAUCUUGUGAGAGGAUGGUAAAAGCUCAUCACCAUGACCAAGCAGCUGCAAAGAACACAGAAGAUGUCACUGUGGUCCGGAAGAGUAAUAAAUUGCAGGGCGGCUUUGACGGUACAAAUUAA